GUGAUUUUUCUGUAAAUAUUUUGUAAGAGAAAAGUGAAAGUGUUUUUAAAAAAUAAUAUCCCUUAACAAUAUUUCACGAAACUGUUGCGAAUAAGUUGAGUAAUUCUUUGACCUGCCAAAUACUCCUUACAGGAGCACAGCAAUCGCGGUAGUGUACAAUAAUAAUAAAAAAAAUUAAAUUUAAUAAAAAAAAUUAAUAUAGUAAAUUAUAAAAAAAAAAUCCACAAAACAUAUAUUUUCAAAAAUUCAACUCAACCUUAACAACCAUAAAGUGUCGAAAUCAGCUGAUACGCCGCAUAAAACAGCACCGAGGAUGGCAAUUUGCCAGCCAGCCUUGUCAGCACCGCACACCCGCUCCAUCGUAAAGCCGCGGCGGCUACAACAAUGCGCAAAUAAAAAUGUUUGCCACAACAACAGCAGCGAUUCGCUAAGCAGCAUUUGUGCGCCACAUAUGGCAUGCGCCAACCACAAGUUCCUAUUAAUUGUGUUCCUUUGCACUGUGGGCUUACUGCUCACCGUGUGUCGUCUGCCCACCGUCAAUGCAGCUACAAAUCCGCGCGUAGCGCCUAGGCCAGUGCGCACCGAGCCGGGCGAGUGUCGUAGCAUUGAUGUGCGUAAUGACUGUGAGAGUUUCGAACAAUUACAUAACUGCACUGUUAUACGCGGUUUCCUGUUGAUUGUCCAGGUACCGGCGGAGAACUAUGAUACGAAGGAACCGUGUCAUCAUGAGAAUUAUACUUUUCCGCUACUGCGUGAAAUCAGCGAUUUUCUGAUAUUUCAUGAUGCGCGCGGUUUGCGUAGCAUACGUAAUCUAUUCCCCAACUUGGCUGUGAUACGUGGUCGCCGUUUAUUUCUCAACUAUGCUCUUGGCAUUACGAAUAUGCCCGAUUUGGAAGCGUUGGAAUUCCCUUCAUUAAUAGCGAUACAACGUGGCCACAUUUACAUAAACAACUGUCCGAAGCUCUGCAAUUUAGACAAGAUUGAUUUCGAUCGCAUCACAUUGUCGGUGGGUGAAAAUCAUGUUUUUCCCAAGGCGCCAGAAGAUUGCCCCAAGAAAACCGUUUGUCAAAACUGUGUUACCGAACAUUGUUGGUCGAAUGAUGUUUGUCAGCGUUUUGAGAAUGACAAUCUAAUUGAUGCAGCCAAAGGUAUUCAGCAUUGUCACAGUGAAUGUCUCGGCGGCUGCUACAAUAGUUCAAGUGAUGGUUGCUACACGUGUAAAAAUCGGGAGGACCACGGUAACUGCGUGAAGGAGUGUCCACCAGAUAAAUACUUAUUGGAAAUUGAUCAAACCUGUCAUACGAAGGAUGAGUGUGUGAAACUCUUUAAUAUAACUAGCAUGACUGUAAAGGACAACAAAUGCUUGAUACAGUGUCCGGAAGGUUGGGUAUUUGAUGUCAAUGGACGUGACAUAAUUAAUUGCAUACCAUGCGAUGUGGAAAUGCGCGACAAUAUCUAUACCAUAUUCAAUUUGGGCGAUGCCGAUCGUCUGCGCGGCUGCAAGUCACUCAACGCGAGCGUUAUCAUAUCCAUACGCAAUACGGUUAACGAAGAUGAUUUAGUGAAAAGUUUGGGUAAUUUACAAGAGAUCGGUGGCUAUUUGAAAAUCAUUGGUUCCGACGGACUUACGAGUUUAAAGUUUCUUAAGGGUUUACAGAGGAUCUCCGGUAGAGGGGAACUUUUGGAAGCCGGCUUGUACGGACUCGUUUUAUAUGAUAACGAGAACUUGAAAGAUUUGUGGCAACCGCAGAAGAAUUUCGAGGUGGUACAUGGCAGCAUGUAUGUGGAGAUGAAUAAAAAGUUGUGCAAUCGUAAAUUGCGUGAAUUCGCGCGAAAAGUGAGACACGAUGUACUGAAAGACGCAUUACAAGUAAACGAUCAGGAGGUGCUGUGUGAUCCCGCGAAAUUGUCUUUGCACAUUGAGAUAUUAUCUCAUCGUUCAGCGAAAUUCAGCUGGCCCAAAGAGCAAACAUCUAGCGAAGUGGAAAUCAUGUAUCGUCCGAUAGCAGCGAAUGAGGAGUUUGUAGAGCACAGCGAGCUGGAUACACAUAUCUGCAGAAGAAUUCAAUGGACUCGCAUACUCGCUUUUCCAAAGGACUUAGAAAGCAAUGAGACACACUACAUAUAUACCGCAAACGAUUUGAAGCCAAGAACACGUUACGCAUGUCUGGUGAAAACCUUCGGACUCGCCGACAUACACGAUACUCGAAGUGAUUUGAUGUAUAUGAUCACGAGAGUGGACCUGCCGGCACCGCCAACAAUCAAUAUCGUGCGGAAAAAUGAUGUUUCACUCACAGUGCAACUGGAACAUUCGCCUGACGAUGUCGUAACCUAUUAUAAACUGGAGGUCUAUAAUCUGACCGACAAUAAACUGUUGUUGGAUCAUCGUGAUUUCUGCGUGCAACCGAGUCACAUGUAUCACGACAAGGACACAUUUGUCAGCAACGACGAGGAUGAGGAUGCAUGUUGCAGGCGCAAGGAAGAAGAAGCAGACGAUCAUCGCUUCGUGCACAAUAUGCGCAAACUGUUCGAGUGUAAUUUGGAUAAAAUGGAAAAUUGCCGUCCCGACACCAACUUGGCCGAGCUGUCGCCCGGUACGGUUUCGCCACUGAACGCAUGGUUAAGAAAGAAUUUGGAUGCAACGUCGCGUAAUGCGACAAUCAUUACGCAUUUGAAACGUUUUAGCCUGUAUACGCUACAGGUGCAGUCCUGCAACGAAGCAGGUUGUGGUGCAUACGCUUUUCACUCGACGCGCACGAACUUCUCCAUUAGCGGCGACAGUUUGGAAUCGCUAAUGGCUUGUCGUGUUGGCGGUCUAAAUGAGUUUCAUGUAUACUUUCCGGAACCGCAGAAUGCGAACGGUAUGAUCACCUCUUAUGUGGUGCAUUUCCGUCUACAUCAACCAGAUGCCGAUACUUUUCGAUCACACAACGAGUGCGUAACACGUUCCCAACAUGAAUUUAAUAAUUAUCAAUUAAUCGCACAAUUGCAUGCGCCCUUCAAUGAGGUAGCGGUGCGUGUUUUCUCGCUGGCCGGUGGCUUCCUCACGCCUUGGAUGCCGAUCACUAUUUGUCCGUUUCAAUCGGCUAUCGUUAAAAUGGGCGCUGUUACCGAGCAGAAAAAGGGCUAUGCCGGCAAGAUAAUUAUGUCAUGCUUCUUGUUCGGUGUUUGCUCCUUCAUUGCGUGGGGUUGCUUCAAAUGGGGUUGGUGGCGUUGGCGUCGGUUCGAAGAAAUACGCCGUCAUCUCUCACGCCUUUGGAACUGGGAGCCACGGCGUAUUGGUGAUGGUGGUCAAUCGCUUGUUGAAUAUCGCAAUGUGCCCGAAGAAGAGCGACUGGAGAGUUCGGGGUAGUGUUGACCAAUGGAAAACUUUUAAAAAUAUGUCUAAUGGGUUUAAACAAAUUUAAAGAAAUUAAUUGUUGUAUUAUAUUCUUGUUUUUACUUUUUAAUUUUUUUCGUUACAAAAUCAAAGUGUUAUAAAUAUUUGAAAAAAAGUUUCCUUUGUUUAAUGUAUAUUUGUUAACAAUGCGUUAAAUAUUUUACCGUUAGUGUAAUACAAGA